UUCCGUCAGGGCCGCGUCACGUCACAAUAACAGCGCGAGCUCCCCAACAGAGCUGCCCUGCGCGCUCAUCGCCAGUUUUAUAAUCUGUAACUAUUUCAUAUCUAAACUGCAAAUGUAUCAGAGUUAGGGGGUUAAAAACAACAGUCUGCGACGAGUGGCUCUAUCGCUUAACGGCGAUCAUUUCGUUAUUAUAAUUUCAGAGACUGAAAAGUGCUAGUCACUCCCAUCCUGCAAAACAGCAGUUUAACGGUUAGCUAGGUUGGCUAGUGUUGUUAUGCUAGCUUGUUUAUGCGUCUCUGGCGUGUCGUUUUUAUCCUGUCAGGAGCACCACACCGUCAGGCGACAGGCAUCGGAGCGCCUUCUCUUAAACGAGCCAGCUUGCUGAGGGUUGCUCUUAUAACGGUGCGCGGUAAGCCGGCUAUUUGGCCACUUAUCCUAGCCGGGCGGAUAGUGAAGAGCUUGCGGACUAGACGGCGAUGACGGACGUGUGUAAUGGGGACGACGGGUCCGGAGGAGCCGAUGUGGUCGCAGACGCCUGCCCCCUCGCCGGCUUCGGCGACAGCGCUGAGACACGGGCCCUGCUGGCGAGUUUAGCGGACCUGCACGCCGACCUUGUCACCAGGGAGUCCGCAGUAGAGAGAUUUGUGGUUAUAAUGGACCGGUAUCAGGAGCAGCCCCAUCUCCUCGACCCUCACCUCGAGUGGAUGAUGAACAUGCUCUUGGACCUGGUCCGGAACGAGAAAGCACCUCCUCUCCUGGUUCAUCUUGGCUUCAAAUUCCUCUACAUCAUCUCAAAGGUCAGAGGCUACAAGGUCUUCAUGCAGCUCUUCCCUCACGAGGUGUCCGACCUGCAGCCCGUGCUGGACCUCCUGCUCAGGCAGGACCCGAAGGACACGGAGACAUGGGAGACCCGCUACAUGCUUCUUCUGUGGCUUGCCAUGACCUGCCUCAUCCCGUUUGACCUCUCCCGCUUGGAUGGCCACCUGAACUCUGACCCCCGGCUGAACCGGGAGCCUGUCAUGGACCGUCUCUUGGCUGUGGCCAAGGCCUACCUUCAAGUCAGUGACAAGCCACGGGAUGCUGCGGCUGUGCUGGUGUCAAAGUUCGUCACUCGGCCGGACGUGAAGCAGAAGCGUCUAGGCGACUUCCUGGACUGGACUCUGGCGAUGGUGUCCGAGGCCAGUGACCGGACCAUGGCUGGCACCGUGGCCCUGGACGGAGCUUUGCGGUCUCUGGCGCAGCUCUUCAAGCACGGGAAGCGCGAUGACUUCUUGCCCUACGCUCCCACGGUGCUCCGGUGCCUGGACCAGAAGAAGCUGACGGACAGCAGCCAGGCCAUGCUGCGCAAGCUCGGGGUGAAGGUGUUGCAGAGGCUGGGCCUGACCUUCCUCAAGCCCCGCCUAGCCAAGUGGAGGUACCAGAGGGGAAGCCGCUCCCUGGCAGUGAACCUGGGCCACUCUGCUGUCGCGGGACAAGCGGAGGGCGCAAAACACGACCCGGAGGCUGCCAGCCCAGAAGAGGACUACGACAUAGCUGAGGAGGUGGAGAGCGUUAUCGAGCAACUCCUGGUGGCUCUGAAGGACAAGGAGACUGUGGUGCGUUGGUCUGCAGCUAAGGGGAUUGGGAGGGUGACAGGCAGGCUGCCCAGAGAGCUGGCGGAUGAUGUGGUUGGCUCGGUCUUGGACUGCUUCAGCUUCCAGGAGACUGACAACGCAUGGCAUGGGGGUUGCCUGGCGCUGGCUGAGCUGGGUCGCAGGGGUCUGCUUCUCCCCUCCCGGCUCCCCGAUGUGGUUCCGCUGAUCGUCCAGGCCCUGACGUAUGACGAGCGAAGGGGAGCAUGCAGCCUGGGCUCCAAUGUACGAGAUGCCGCCUGCUAUGUGUGCUGGGCGUUCGCCCGCGCCUACGACCCCACCGAGCUGAAGCCGUACGUCAACCCGAUCGCCAGUGCCCUGGUGAUCACUGCUAUCUUUGACCGGAACAUCUCCUGUCGGAAAGCUGCCUCGGCUGCCUUCCAGGAAAACGUGGGCAGGCAGGGUACGUUCCCCCACGGCAUCGACAUCUUAACAGCCGCCGACUACUUUGCUGUUGGGAACCUGAGUAACUGCUACCUGGCCAUAAGUGUCUACGUAGCAGGGUUCGAGGAGUACACCAAGCCAAUGAUUGACCACCUGGUGACCCGGAAGAUCAACCACUGGGAUGGGACAAUCCGUGAGCUGGCCACCAGGGCACUGCACAACCUGACCCCGUGUGCCCCGGAAUACAUGGCCAACACAGUGCUUCCUCGGCUGCUGGCGGUGGCCACAGGGAUGGACUUGCAUGGCCGGCACGGGGCCAUCCUGGCGUGUGCCGAGAUCACUCAUGCUCUCUACACGCUGGGCUGCCGGAGCAACAGGCCAGUCACUGACCUCCUGACCCCAGACACCAUCCAGGGACUCCGAGGCCUCCACCAAAAGCUCUGUGACAGAAAGCAGUACAGGGGUCUUGGCGGAGAGCUGAUGAAACCAGCAGUCUGCAUCCUCAUCCAGAAGCUGUCCCUCUCCAGGAUGCCUUUCAGAGACGACCCCGUCAUCGCUGACUGGCAGUCUCUUCUGGAUGAGACUCUGAGUGCCAAGCAUAGCAUACAGGCGGUAGCAGUAGCUGCUCUGGCAGCUCUUUGUCAGGAGUAUUACCAGAUACAGCCAGGGCUGGCGGACCCUCACAUGCAAGAGCAGCUGGUGAGCCGGUAUCUAACAGCACUGAGUUCUGCAGAGGUCCAGGGUCGCUGUGGUUGUGCUCUAGCUCUGGGAGCUCUCCCUCCGUUCAUGAUCCACAACAAACUCCAGCAGAUCCUCCACGGCCUGCAGGAAGCCUGCAGGGUGGUGCGGGGGAUGGAGGGCUUCACGGAGGCCCGCAGGGAUGCAGCCGUGGCACUGGCCAGGGUGUGUGUCACAGUGGGAGCCAGAUCGCAGGGCAGUCCGGACAACGUGGUGUGUGAGGCCAACGUGGCCGGCGUGUACGAGGCCCUGCUGGACUGCAUGGGUGACUACACCACAGACAGCCGAGGGGAUGUGGGAGCCUGGGUUCGCGCGGCAGCUAUGACGGGUCUGCAGGAUGUGACCCUGCAGGUGGCUGGCUCUUCCCCCGAGCUCCUAACUCCUGCUAUUUGCCAGCGCGUGAUGAGCUGCCUUGCCCAGCAGGCUGCCGAGAAGAUCGACCGCUACCGGGCGCAUGCCGGCGCUGUCUUCCUGCGUCUGCUCCACAGUACCGAGCCUGCAGUACCCCACCUCCCCCACCGGGAGGAGCUGCUGAGCAUUUUCCCUCCUGAGGAGGCGGAGUCUCUGAACUGGAUGUCGGCAUCGGAGGCAUUCCCACGUGUGACUCGUCUCCUGAGCCUGCCCCUCUACCGCUACCACACACUGCUGGGCCUGGCUGUGUCCGUAGGCGGCCUCACCGAGUCCACGGUGCGCUUCUCCUCCCAGUCCUUGUUUGAUUAUCUGAAGACUGUCCAGCAGGAUGGCGCUGCCCUGCUGCAGUUUGGAAACACGCUGCUGCAGAUCUUCAGAGACCACCUUCACAACGACAGAGUGUCUGUGCCUUUGCUGAAGAUGCUGGACCAAAUGCUGUCUCACGGCUGCUUCGAGCUCUUCGUCCAUGAGGACAGUCAUCCAUUGUGUGUUGAGCUGCUGGCUCUCUGUAAAGAGGAGAUCAAGAAGUCGAAAGACAUUCAAAAGCUACGAUCCUGCGCAGCUGUGUACUGCGGCCUCAUCCAGUUUCAGGGCAACGUGAGGAAGUUGAUCCUCGUCCAGCUCAUGCUCCUGUUGUGUCACCCCUUCCCUGUGAUCAGAAAAUCUACCGCUAGUCAGGUGUACGAGAUGCUGCUGACCUACGAUGAUGUUGUCGAUCUGGCCGUGCUGAAUGAUGUCACGACUGUGCUCAGUGACACUAACUGGGAGAGUGACCUCACCACGCUGCGGGGCUACAGAAACCAGCUCUGUGAUUGGCUGGGAGUGCCACGCCCCACGUUGCUGGCCAAGAGUCCAGCGCAGUAGAUGCACCCAGCUGCAGGAACUCCGUGGGUCUCCCGCCGACGCCACUGCGUGUGCUCUGGUGUUCCGUUGCCUCCCUGCCACUCUCCGUUCCCACACAUCUUCCUCUUCGUCUUCUGAUUGCUGAGCUGGAAUGUCGGACAGCCCUCCGAUAGGCUGUGGGCAACAACAGGCAGAAUGUUUUAACCUUCCUGUAACUGUUAUUGUCUGUUAAUAAAUCUAAGAACACAUUUUUUAUUUUUUUUUUGGGGUGGUGUUA